AUAAGCAAGCACUCAAAUUAAAGAUCUCUCCGAUUUGAUAAUAUCAAAAGUUCAGUUUUUCGUAACUGACCACUUAGUGAGCGCGAUCAAAACAAUCUAAACAGCGGAACAAAGUGUGCGAAUUCGUCCGAGCUCACGCCUUAGCUAGUCCUCCAAAAAUAAAUCUUGCAAAAAUAUUCUAAUUAAUCAAAGUUAAAAUAAAGUCAAGUGGUUCUGCGGGAAAUGCCUAUUCCAUUGAAUUGUCCAAUUUGUGGUGUUCCAUCGACGCUAAAGUGCGGUGGCUGCAGAAAUGUCGUCUAUUGUGGAAAGGAGCAUCAGAAGCUGCAUUGGCGAAAGGAGCAUAAAGUUUUGUGCAAAUGUUUUGAGAUAGAUACAGAUCCCAAAUUAGGGAGAUAUGUAAGAUCCACGCGUGACAUAAAAAAAGGCGAAGUGGUCAUGCGUGAAAUCCCCGCAUUGAUUGCCCCCAAACUGAUGACAUAUCCAAUUUGCUUAGGAUGCCACCAAAAAUUGACAGUUAAACCAGGCGAACGCGACUAUUACAAAUGUAGCCAAUGUACCUGGCCACUAUGCAGCUUAGCAUGUGAAAAUUCAAAAUAUCACAAACCAGAAUGCGAAGUAAUGGCCAAACGUAAAUUCAAUUGCAAUAUCAACUACGACGCCAAAAAUGGACCAAAAAAAGAGUCAGCCUAUUGUGUCAUUUCUCCACUACGAUGUCUUCUACUGCGAAACUCUAAUCCGAAACUUUAUGAAAAAAUCUUGAAAUUGGAGGAUCAUCUCGAUAAACGGAUAAACACACCAGUUUACGCCAUUCUAAAGUCAAAUCUACUAACAUUUGUCCGGAAAAUACUUGGACUCGAUGAACUUUCCGAGGAAGAGAUACUUCGCGUUGCAUCUAUUUUGGAUACGAAUGCGUUCGAAGUACGCAUUCCGUCUAAAGAUUUGAAAGUGCGUGGCUUAUUUCUGGAUACGGCUAUGGUGUCACAUGAUUGUGUGCCAAAUACUCGGCAUGUUUUUGAUAAUAAUUGUCAAAUAGUCGUCAUGGCUACAGUGGAUAUUCCUAAGGGUUCAGUUAUAAGCACUUCAUAUACGAAUACCUUGAAAAGUACUCUACCGAGGCGGGAACAUUUGCUGCAGUCAAAGUGUUUCGAAUGUACCUGCAGGAGGUGCGCAGAUCCUACAGAGCUCGAGACAUAUGCGGGAGCCAUAAUGUGCUCGAAAUGUAAAAUUGGAAAGAUCCUUUCUGAAGACCCGUUGGAUGCUUCUGCAGAUUGGAAGUGUCAACUUUGCCCACACAAAAUCAAAGUGAAACAAAUAGUGUGGGGGAACAACGCCCUUGAAAAGGAACUUCAGAGCUUGGAUAAGACUUCACCCAAGGCAUACGAAGAAUUUCUGCGUCGAUAUAGGGAUACACUUUAUGACAAGCACUCGCUCGUCCUGGAGACUAAAUAUGCCCUUAUUCAGUUGUAUGGAAAUGUACCAGGCUUCCUACUACAUGAACUGAAUGACGCAGCAGUCCAAAGGAAGCUUGACCUUUGCCAUGAUAUGUUGGAAAUUGCAGAUAUAUUCGAGCCUGGAUCUAGUCGGUUUCGAGGGAUGCUGUUAUUAGACUUGCAGGAAAUAAUGGCUGUACAAGCAAAGAGGGAAUUCGAGAACGGUCUGCUAACCAGAGAAGGGACGCAAGAAAAAUUAAUGGAUGCUAUGAAGAUAUUAAAUGAAGCAGUCGAAAUUCUGCAGGUUGAACCAGAAAUGCAAGCUACAUUACAAGACAGAGUUACCAGAAUGGCUAAAGAAAUCGAUCUGAAUUAAAAGUAGAUAAGUGAUAACCUGGAUUUUGUUGAGAUACUCCAUCCUCACAAGAAUAUGGAAAGAAUUUGAAGAAAAUAACUUACCUGAAUGAUAGAAUGGAAAUAUAAGAACAAAGUAUGGGACGCCAUUGUGGUAUGACUGAAAACUUACAGCCCUAGAAAAGGAUCUUUUUUAUGUUG